AUCACAAAGUUGAUCAAUUGAUUCGUUGUAAAUAACAAAAAAUAGUGAGCUUUAUUAUUCGUAUUAUUUUUAAUUUUGAUCAGUAAGGUGGUUCCUUUGUUGAUUUUUAAAAUGAAGCUUUGCAUAUUUGACAUGUAUUUAUUUUUCGCGACUCUAAUUCGGUCAUCGGUUAAUGUAUUGAUUGUAAUUAUUCAACAAAAAGUGUAAAAUAAAUCUAUUCGCAAACACAAAUUUUGCAGUAUUUUAUUAGAUCAUUGAUGAAAUAAUACUAAAUAAAUUAAUCGGAAGGGAAAAAAAUUGGAGGUUGAGUUGUAACUUUUCCUUCCAAUUCAAACGUCGCCAAGCCCUUCUGUCGUUUGUUAGCGGCUGGCUCACCACGCGUCGCCUCGGCAACAGGAAUUAGGAAAACCUCCGUCGUUUGCUUUUCAGGACACAAUUCUCGGAACGGUGCCGCCAUAGUUCCGUGCCGUUGCCGUGGAGAUGAAGGCGACAUUGUUGAGGUACGCGCGCGUCUUCCCAGGGAGUCAAACAAAAUUUUUUGGGGGCCGGACUGUACCCGCAAGAUGCUUGCAAGCCGGCGCGUCGCCAAAAAGGAAGCUGAUCGCGCUCCCCUUUGUGUUAUUUUAUCUUGCGCAAAUGGCUCCCAAACACUUGCCUGUGUACCUUUUUCAUCAAACCCCCCCCAACCCCCCACCAAACUAAUUAAAGUCUCUUUUACACAGCGAAGCAGUCACAGUUCAGUUGUUGUCAGCUAGCAGACUAGCUAAGACGCUAAUCAUGUUUGAGGUGCAACAAUGAAUACAAGUGAACACCCUUUUUCAGUGCUCAGUGUUCAAUCGGGAUGGACCAAGACCAAAGGUUGGUACGGAACACCCUUGAAUAGCUCACGUGCCCGCACAAACAUGGGGGCACAAAGAUGGGAGAGCAUUUUGGCCACGCCCCCCCAGCGGCUUUUGUGUCUUUGAUGCUUUGUGACAUUUUUCUCUUUUUGGGCAAAAGAGUUUGCAGCCGCAAUCUCGCACUUGACUCUUGGCGGUCUAUGCCGUCUCCCUGGUGUCGUUUCCUUCUGCUGUCGGUUCCCCCCACCCCACCCCCGACACGUAACAUGGAGUCCAGCUGCGAGCCGCCUGACCUUGAGGACGACGAGAGGAGCUGGACCGGGCGGCAAGUCCGGCAGGUGCUCCAGGAGACGCUGGCGGCCCACCGCCGCGAUCUGGAUCGGGUGCGUACCUUCUGGAUGGAGCAGUUUGCCGAGUUCCGGUGGGUCCGGGACGCGGCCGCCAAGGCGGCGCUGAAGGCCAUCGAAGACGAUUGGAGCCGGCGGUGGGCGCGGCGCGAAGACGACAUUUUUCAGGACCUCCAGGCAAUGAGGGAGAGCGUACGGCUGCACGUGGAGGAGCACUGGGACAACAUGGAGUGGCAUCUGGACCGCACCGUGGACGACUGCGAACGAGAACUGCGCUGCGUCAAGGCCGUGAUGGAACAGAAGGUGCAGGAGAAGGAGCUGCAGCUGAGCCAGCAGAAGGAGCUCAACGCCGGAGUGCUGGCCAGCUUGGAGGAGAAGAAGGCGCAGAUGGGCAACGUCAAAGACGUCCUGCUGCUGCUCAAGUCCAGGCUGGAGGAGAAGGAGGAGCAGAAAGAGCAGCUGCAGCAGCUGCUGGUCUCCGUCGGCCGGCAGCUGCGGCAGGAGCGGCAGGAGAGCGCGCGCUGGAGGACCUGCGCCGACGAACUGCGCCAGUGUCUGGAGGCCGAACGCGAGGCCGGCGCCCAGGCCAGGAUGGAGGCCCUCCGCCGACAGCAACGGCUCCUCCAACGCGUCGACAAUGUCAAGAGUCUCGUCAAGGGCUUCGUGGGACAGAAUGCCCGUUUCAUGAGGUCUCUGAAGUGCGCCGACGACACGGCUGACCAAAAUGAGAUGAUGGACCAGGCGGAAAAAGGUCAAGUUGGGGAGAAAGAAAGGAGAGAAGAGAAGGAGCGCCGGGCUAAAGAGAAGAAGGAAAGCAAGGAGCGGGAAAAGCGAGCCAAGAAGGAAAAGAAGGAGCGAGACAAGCGGGAGAAGCAAGCAAGCAAGGAGUGCCAAAGGAAAGAAAAGAAAGAAAAGGAAUGAAAGAGGGAUGGUGAAAUAAACAAAGAGGACACAUUUCGCUCUCUUCUCGAAAGUCCGAAGUGUUUGGCACGACGCUCUAAC